AUGCAAGCAAAAGCAACCCCGAGUGGAAGUACUGUGCUGACUCUUGGAGACUCAUCUGCUGGUAAUUUAGGCACCAUUUAUGAAGUGUCUGCCUCGUCAAGCGCCACAAACGAAGGAAUGCUUAGAGACGCGCAGGAGGCAAAUUACUUUUGCAAUGGUGGUGAUUUGGAGCUUACAUUUGGAGGAAUCGACACAGGAGUUCUAACCGGCGAUAACUCUUGGCAAGCGUGGGGAGCUUGCAGCGACAACUGUGGUGGCGGAAGGUCUUAUAGAUAUCGACAACCUUUGAGUUUUGAAGACAGUGAAAUCGUCCAAGUCUACAGAACAUGUAAUACUUCACUUUGCCCUGCAGGAUGGGGUGAUUGGUCUGAAUGGACUCAAUGCGACUCUUCAUGUGGCGAAGGAAGAAACCACAGAACUCGUGAAUGCACCGGCAAUCCAGACGCCUGCAUCGGCGAAAAGAACGAGUUCAGAGAUUGCUCUGGCGUCGAAUGCCCAACUUGUUCAUAUUCCCACUGGAAGUUUCCAGAAGAACAGAGUAUUACCAACUAUCUCAUAAUGACUGAUAUUCUUCCUGACAUGCAAAGCACGUCAAUUUGCUUCGCCGUGAACUCUGGAAGUGAAGAUUUGAUUGGAACUGUUUUCUCCUACUCUAAGCCGUACACGCCACGUGGAAACGAGCUUCUUUUUAUUGGAAAAGACAUGAAUGUUGACAGCAUUCGACUCUACAGAAAUGACUUUAGCCUUGAGAUCGACAAUGGAUUCCUCAAUCCGGAGGGUAAAACUCAAUUUUGCGUUGUUGUCCAAGGCCAGCCAGACAUGACGACUUCUAUCAGCAUCUACGUUGAUGGAUUCUACAGAAACGGAGAUAUUGAUACAACCUACACCGGUGGACGAGCCGUUCCUGGCGAAGGUGAGAUGAUCAUCGGUCAAGACCAAGACUGCAUCUUUGGCUGCUUCAACAGCACUCAAGCUUUCGUUGGAAGUCUGUACGACUUGCAGAUCUUUGAUUAUGCAAUGUCUCCUGAUGACGUCAUGAAUUUGCAUUUUGGCGGCAGUUGCGGUGAUCGUGCUCCACUCACGGAUAUCUCGGAAUCAAAGGUCAUGGUCAACGGCGACUUAGUCCACCAAGGCGAGUGGUCCGAGUGGGGUGAAUUCGGCGAAUGUAACUGUGCAACUGGCUCCCAGAAGAGAACUCGAUGGUGCAAGGGUGGUAAGGCCAAUGAUGCAAGCUGCGUCGGUCCUCACGAAGAAAAACAAAGCUGCGAAACAGCAGCUUGUCCAGUAAGCGAGGAAUGGUCAUCUUGUUCUGUUGAAUGUGGAGCGGUUGGAUCUCGAUCCCGACUUGUGGACGGCAACGUUGAGGUUGAAGAGUGUGGAGCUCAUGCGUGCAGGGAAAUUUCUGAAUGGGGCGCAUGGUCGAGUUGCUCAGUGACUUGCGGAGAUGGAUUCGAGUACAGAUCGAGACGAUGCUACAAUGGUCCUUGCGCUGAUGUUGAGCUUCAAGAAUCAAGAUUCUGUGACAACGGCGGUGUUUUGGGACGAUGUGGAAAUCACUGGGAUCUUCCAUGGGACUGUGGAACUGUUGCUGGCGCUCCUGGCCGUCUCAAUACACAGCAAAGUCGAGUUGUCAAUGGCUACCAAGCAAAGCCAAAAGAGAUUCCAUGGGGAUGUAUGCUUGAAGCCCGUGGAGAGCCUUCCUGUGGUACCUCUAUCGUCGCGCCAAAAUGGACCAUCUGCGCUGCUCAUUGUAUUCAACCAUACGACAAACCUGAGCAGUUCAGAAUUAUCUGUGGCGUUACAGAUAGAACCAAUUACGGACUGUACUCCCAGGUGAAUAAGGUCAAGGCAUUCUACAUGCACCCUCAGUACGAUCCACUUACCGUCAAUUUUGAUCUUUCUCUUUUCCUCGUUGAGAAACCAUGGCAAUUCAACGACUACGUUCGCCCAAUCUGUCUACCAGGCAAGCACAUGUUUCCACCGACCGGAACUCUUUGCAAAAUCUCUGGUUUUGGUUCAACAAAAGAUUCCGUUCCCGGCACCUUUGUCUUCAACAUUCAAAUGUCAAAUGUCAUGAAUGUCGCCGUUGUACCGAUUCUAGAGCAAUCUGGUUGCGCAACACGCAUGGCCACGCAAAUCUCCCGAAACAUGUUCUGCGCUGGUUAUUUUGAGGGCGGAACAGAUGCCUGUCAGGGUGACUCUGGUGGACCAAUUGCUUGUCUAGUUGGAAGUGAUCAGCGAUGGCAGCUUACUGGAGUCGUCUCCUGGGGCAUUGGAUGUGCGCAAAAAGAUCUCCCUGGCGUCUACACAAAACUUGCAAUGACAAUCGACUGGGUUUACGAACACAUCGGUCAAAAUGCCGGACUCGACCCUGCCUGCCGCGCAGAACCGAAACGAAUUGAAGGCCCACGAGGUUACGUGCGAUCACCACUCUACGAUGGCUCCUCUCCCUACGGAUACAACCAGCACUGUCAUUGGAUCGUCAAUUUGACCCCACAAAAGGGUCUCAUGGUGAUCAAAUUCCAAGAAUUUAACUUGGAAUAUUCGAAAAAUUGCCGAUCUGACAGUUUGACUAUUUACGAUGGAAAGAAUCUCGACAUCAACCGGGGUAGCUGGUGCGGCGUUUCCGGACCUGCUCAGUAUGUCGUCGACAGUCCAAAUACGUCUGUCAAGCUUGUCUUGAAGACUAAUGCUGAUAACAACGGCCAAAAUCCAACUGGAUUUGAAAUGUUGUACUCCCGACCAAAAGGAAAAGCCAGCAAAGUUUCGAAGAAAGGAGGCUGCGGAUUCCCAAUGGAAGAUACUGUUUCUUAUGGAGUCGUUCGAUCAGUUCAGUCUGUCGGCUGGCCACUCAACCCGCCAAACAACUAUGACCCGACAUGUCUCUACACAAUUCGAUUCAACAAAGAAAAUGGUAACAAAGACCUCGACCUGCCAGCAGUCUGGUUCGAAGACCCAAUCGAUCCGUGGUGCCGAAAAGCUAUCAAAUUUGCAAAAUCAACAAAAUUCACCUCUAAAACUCAAAUCAAAAAUAGAGAGGCUGAAGAUCUUUUCGAUGGCAAACCAUAUGUAAGCACCAAGAAUGUGUUCUCAAUGGCUAUCGACAGAAAGCAAGGCGGAGAUCGAUGUAGAUUCAAGCUUCAUUACACUGGUUGUAAGAAGAGUGAUAAGAAGGGACAAGACUGUCUGAAGAUCCUCGAGAAAUUCGUCGAGGCAAAACGUCAGACUCAGAAGGUAGAAACGCGAACCUCUGGCUCUGCUCGUUCGUGCGCUCUCCGGGACUACUCAUCAAAUCCUAACCAGCUCGGACUUAGUGUUUCAACUGAUCCAAUCAAAUCUUACUCGUCCCUCGUCGCCUUGGAUCUUCUUUUGCCACCAGAGCAAAAUAAAUCAAACAGCAAAAGAAGAGGUCGUCGUUCUCCAAGAAAGCAAGGCAAACGACCAGGAAUGUCGAAGAAACCAGCGCAACCAUUCAAGCCUGGGCGAAACGACAAGAACAAAAGUAAACCAAAGAAGAUUGUCAGAAACAUCUGCUCUGGAAGCUUGGUCGGUAAUAACCAGUGCUUUGUUACAUCGGAACAGUGUGGCAAGAUGAUCAACCGAAUGUCCAUGGGAAGAAAUACUCCCACACCAGCAAGAGUCGCCGGCAUUUCUUAUCAAACAAGCACGUGCAAACUUUCGCCAAAAAUUCCGAAUGGCGCUGCCAUUGCUGUCUGCAAGUUUGAUAACGCGGUGAAUUUCAAUUCUGCUGUUGUGCCCUGUUUCAGCAGCGAGGAACCAAGCCCAAAAGAGCUUCUCGUUGCUUCUUCUCAGUCAAAUAUCAACUCUGCGAAAGGAAAGGGCGAGGCGAUUUUCCGAACUUGGUUGCCAGCUAAUCCUUCCUCUAAAGACUCUUCGUUCUCUACAUCCGGAGUUUCUUUCACUGCUGGCUUUGAUGGUGGUAAAAGUGUCCAACUUGCAGAAUCUGGAUUUCCGAUUUAUCGAGAAGUCGACGACGCAAGAGAGCUUCUUGGAAUUCAAAUUUCUGCUGGUAAAAAUGACCAUGAUGUUGAAUUCGCAUCCAUUACCCGUCAUGCCGAAUGGAUUCAAUCUGCUUGUGAUGAAUUCGUUGAUGAAGACACUGCUGCUGAAUUUGAUAGAGCUGAAUUUGAAGAUCCUUGUGGAGAAGAAAUGGUGAUCGAACUUGACGAGAACUGUUCGCCUCAGCCUAUCAGCAGUCCAGGCUAUCCAAAUCCACACAGAAAUGGACUCAACUGUAAAUGGACGAUUGUCGGCCCUGAGGACUCAAAGGUCGUUCUUGAACUCUUCGAUGCAGACAUCGAAGGAAGCAAGCAUUUGAAAAAGUGUACAAAUGAUGUUCUGGCGUGGAACCCUACUCCCGAGCGAUCGCCAAUUCAUCUUUGCUCCUCCCAGCCGAUUCAGACGCGCUACGUGGCGACGGGCAACAGAGCGGAACUUCAGUUCAACACCGACGAGUGGCUUGGAGGUCGUGGUUUCGAUGGUCAAGUCUCCUGUGUGAGGCGAUAG